AUGUUGCCAGGGCAGUAUGCGGAGCUUGCCCCGCUCCUGCUGAUGAACGCCUCGCCUCCCGCCAGCCGUGGGGCGCAGCGCCACGAGCAGUUGGGUUUGGAGUUCGGAGAAUGCGGACUUGUUAUUCUCUUCACGGAUGAUUUGGGUCAUGUUUCCCAUUGGAGAGCCAUCACAGCAGGAAGCCUGGCUGGCAUGGUUGCAACCCUAGUGACUCACCCUACUGAUGUAAUUAAGACACGGCUGAUUGUGCAGAACCGACUGGAACCAUCUUACAGAGGGAUUCUUCAUGCUUUCCACAAAAUUAAGCAUCAAGAAGGAUUUUUUGCACUUUAUCGUGGUGUUUCCCCAGCUAUAUUAGGUGCUAUCCCAUUUUCUGCUGGCUCAUUCUUUGUUUACAUCAGUCUGGACAGAAUCUGGCAAGAACCCAUAAUUCAUUUCACUCCUCUUCAAAACUUUAUAAAUGGCUGUGUAGCAGCUGCUGUGGCACAGACACUUUCUUUCCCCUUUGAGACUGUAAAGAGGAAGAUGCAGGCCCAGAGUCCUUGGCUUCCCCACUACGGAGCAGUUGACGUCCAUUUCACUGGCAUGACUGACUGUUUCCGUCAAACUGUGAAGAACAAAGGUGUGCUCGGACUGUGGCGCGGACUCACGCCCAGCCUGCUCAAGAUUGUCCCAUACUUCGGUGUAAUGUUCAGCACCUUCGAAUUUUGCAAGCGGGUCUGCCUAUACAGAAAUGGUUAUAUUGAAUCUCCUUUAAGUUACAAACUAACUCCUGGAGUGGAUCAGAGUUUACAGCCGCAAGAACUGAGGGAAUUAAAGCUCCUCCGCAGAGAAAGCUUUGAGCCAAGGAAAUCAGCUUUGGAAAACUGAGAUCAGAAUGUCCAUGGCAGAUGUGGUUGCCUUUCUUCAUCAAUUCUGCAAGAAAGACAU